AUGGAGCCAAAUAGAAUGGAAGCGGAUGGGUUGGCAGAGCUUGUACUAUUUCCUUCAUUAUUACCUUUGGAAACAACUGUUGUCACGACAGUAGAACUUGAGUUUUCGUUAUCAGAAGAUUUAGUUGAUUUACCGCCGUUUGAACUAUCACCAUUAUUUUUAGUAGUGGUGGAGUUGGAGUUGGUGAUGCCUGUUGAAUUACUAGAUUUAUUGGGAUUUAUUGUAGUUGAGUUCGAUGAACUUGCAGUGCUAUUUGCUGAGGACAUUGUCGAAUUAAUUGAAGAAGUGACAUUUGAUGAAAUUUCUGUGACGUUGGCUGGGCCUGAAUUUGUAACAUUAAACGGAUCACUUGGUAGAUAG